UGUUUGUUUCUUUUGUAUCGAAAUAAAGAAAAGUGAAAAAUGUGAAAUAAAUGAAAAUUGUUUUAAAUUUGUAAUGUUGCAGCAGCUGAAGUCGAGGGCGAUGCUCUCCGCAGCCGUACACAGAGUCAUCUUCCGCCGCAAACCAGCGCCGCCGCCGACGCACCACCGAUGCUUUUGCUCCCUCACGUCCAUCGACUAUCCCCCACUCGACCACCAGCCGCAGUGGUCCGGCCUCCACCAGUGGCGGCGCAGCCCGCUCAACCGCGACCGCCAUUGGGGCCCGAACGGCCCGAUUCAGCAGCUUAAUGAAAUUGAACACGCUCUAUCAUCUCCUGACUUCAGUUCUUGCUCUUCUCUGGCGGAAAUAGCGGGUGUUGUUCUCUCCACCCCCGACCCCAUCGCAAAAGCUAAUCUCUCUCACGCUGCCUACGCCAAAUGGCGGCGUCAGGGUUUUCCGAUUGGAGUCUCAAAUGCCCCUUCCAGGCCUGCUCGCCCUGCCAAACCCCUAUUGGUUUCCCCAAAAGACAUUCCCUCGCCAAAGAGUUCGGGUCUGCCUCUCAACGCCUACAUGCUUCAUAACCUCGCUCAUGUUGAGCUAAACGCUAUCGAUCUUGCAUGGGAUACUGUUGUUCGGUUUUCACCAUACAUUGAACUUCUUGGUGAAGGGUUCUUCGCAGACUUUGCUCAUGUAGCUGAUGAUGAAAGUCGGCAUUUCACUUGGUGUUCACAAAGACUUGCAGAGCUUGGAUUUAGCUAUGGCGACAUGCCAGCUCAUGGUAUUUUGUGGGCUGAAUGUGAAAAAUCAUCAAACAAUGUUGCAGCUCGGCUUGCAUGCAUCCCAUUAGUUCAGGAAGCCAGAGGACUAGAUGCUGGACCUCGACUUGUCAAUAAACUGACCGGCUUUGGGGAUCAUCGAACCUCAAACAUCGUUGCAAAGAUAGCCGAUGAAGAAGUUGCCCAUGUCGCAGUUGGUGUUUACUGGUUCGUCUCCAUUUGCCAGAAACUGGGCCGUGCCCCCGCCUCUGCUUUCACAGAUAUUCUGAAAGAGUAUAAUGUAGAGAUCAAAGGCCCUUUCAACCAUUCAGCUCGAGAAGUAGCUGGUAUUCCUCGUGAAUGGUACGAUCCUUCGCCUGCAACCAACGACGAAAACAAGCUUUCUGAGGUAUAUGAAAGACUUGCUUGCAUUAUUUCCAUGGAGCAAGAAAAUUCAAGUUUGGGAAAGCCACCUAAAUGAGAAAUUUUCGGUCUCAAGCUCAUGAAUUGGAGAGGAAUCUACUUUGUUUCCGUUGACUAUGUAAAUCUAUUAGUAUGAUUAAUCCUUUUUUUGUUUAAUCUUGGAAUGGUGUAAUGGAAGCAUGAAAUUUUGUUAUAUUGAAGAUAGAAUGAAAAUCUGUUGCUCAA